AUCUCUUACAUCGCACGGGCCCUACUACUGAUAUUAUAUAAGGAGGAAUUCUGGUGCAAGCAACCAACUCCGAGAGAUAGCUAAAUUAGCAGAGGGACAUGACUAACAACAAUCUUCACGUCGUCAUAGUUCCAUGGCUGGCCUUCGGCCAUCUGAUCCCUUUUCUCCAACUUUCCAUGGCUCUGGCCAAGGCCGGAAUCCGCGUCUCCUUCAUCUCCACUCCCAGGAACGUCCAGAGGCUCCCAAAAGUUCCUCCAAAUUUAGCUGCUCUCGUACGCUUUGUUGAGCUCCGCUUACCCACUGUCGAGGGCCUACCCCUCGGAGCUGAGGCCACCGUCGACGUCUCCAUGGAUGAAAUCCAGCACCUCAAGACGGCCUACGAUCUCUUGCGCCAUCAGGUCAAGCAAUUCGUCGCUAAUGAAUCACCCGAUUGGAUCAUCCAAGAUUUCAUCCCCUUCUGGGUGGCCGAAAUCGCACGAGAAUACGGCGUUCCAUUAAUCACCUUCUCUGUCUACUCUGCUGCCACGCUGGGCUUUCACGGACCCCUGGACUACCUUACCAAUGACGGCCAUGCAAAAUACUGGACGUCACCGGAAAGCAUGAUGUUUCCACCGGAGUGGGUCACGUUCCCGUCAUCGGUUGCCUUCCGGCGCCACGAGGCAAACGCCGCAUUUGCCGGGUUCUUUGGGCAAAACGCGUCCAGUAUAACGGACAACGAGCGAGUAGUUGUAGCUGUUGAAGCAUGCCAGGCCGUGGCCAUCCGUAGUUGCACGGAAUACGAACCAGACUAUCUGAACCUGGUCGAGAAGAUAUGGCGGAGACCGGUGAUUCCAGUGGGCCUGCUUCCACCGGCGCCGAGCAGCACAGAAGCAAAAGAAAGGGAAGGAGAGUGGGGCAAGAUAUUUAAGUGGCUUGAUGGGGAGAAACCCAGAACGGUCGUGUUUGUGGCGUUUGGUAGCGAGUGCAAACUGAGUAGAGAUCAAGUGUAUGAGAUAGCCCACGGGCUUGAGCUCUCGAACUUGCCGUUUUUAUGGGCUUUAAGGAAGCCCACGUGGGCGGUGGACGAGGACGACGCCCUGCCGUCGGAAUUCAGGAGACGGACGGAAGGUAGAGGGGUGGUGUGCAUGGGGUGGGCUCCACAACUGGAAAUUCUGGGGCACCCUUCGAUUGGAGGGUCGUUGUUUCACUCAGGGUGGGGAUCUAUCAUAGAGACGCUGCAACAUGGACACGCCCUGGUGGUGCUGCCGUUUGUGGCGGAUCAGGGACUGAACGCACGGCAGCUGGUGGAGAAAGGGUUGGCGGUGGAAGUGGAGAGAAGCGAGGAGGAUGGAAGGUUCGAGGGGAGCGACGUCGCCGAGGCUCUGAAGAAGGUGAUGGUGGAUGAGGGAGGGGAGAGCCUGAGGGCCCGUGCGGCAUCGAUGCGUGCCGUUUUUGGCGAUGUGAAGCUCCACCAAGACCACUACAUUGGGGGCCUCGUUCAGUAUCUGCAACAGAAACAGCAAAAGCAACAACAAAACAAAAGCACUCUCAAUGAUUAUAGGUCUUCCUCUCCUAAGAACCGCUGAUGGGGAGGGAGUGGCGGGGGUGAAAAUUGUAAUUUAGAUGACUUUGGUGAUGGAUCGUUGAUUGACCGAGGAUGAAUCAAAUUUGACGUGUAGCAGAUGUAUAAGGCCUUUCCAUGAAUCAUAGACUAGAUAUCCGUUUGGCACAUAUUUUUGCGCAGUCUUCCGGCUAUUUACAAGCUAGAUAAACCGGUUUUCGAUCUAUUUUUGUUUGAUUCACAAAAGACUUGGUGGUCAAAAGUGAGAAUGCUGAAAAGACGCAAAAAAUCCAUUUUGGGUUGAUUUCAGGAAAC